CUGUUUAACAUUAGUAGUAAGCAGUUCGGUUGUCUGGGCUCAACUUUUUCUGUCCAUGAGUAAGCAGAACCCAAGCAGGAAGAAAGUGUCCAAUUUUUCUGUCUCCUGCCCAUUGACCUGCACACUAACAUGGUGUAGGGAAACAAAGCUGGAAAUGCUUGUAAAUAAACAGAGUUGCAUUUGGAAGAGUGUACCCAGAAAGCUAUCGCUUUGCCUCUCCACUCCUAUGAUGGUUUCUUUUUGGCAGUGCAUUCCCCCUUUCUGACAAGCUGCAAGAGGAGUACUCCCAGGAGGCCUGCUAUCAUCAUAAAGAUGGAGAGAGACUCUGGAUACUCCACCACGGCUGCACAGCAGAAACAGGAAGAGAAGCUCCGGGAUGCCGUGAAGACCUCUGCCAUGGUCCUUGGUACAGGCCUGCUCAUAUUCACUGCCUUCAUGAACUCUGCUUCUUGGUGCCUACAGAAGAUCUGGGAGACUUCAGGCAAUUUCUGGCAAACAGCAUGGCUAAAGCUUUACAACCUGUUUGAGGGAAGGGAAUGGUCACUCUUCCUCUUUGGGGCUGCGAUGGUUCCUAGCCUUGCUUUCUGGUGCUUCAAUGGAAUCCUUAUGGUGGCUGAUGUAACAGGAAAGCCAACUUUCAUUACUCGGUAUCGCAUUCAGCUGGGCAAGAAUGAUCCUGUGGACAUAAAAAAAUUGCGACAAGCCAUCUACACAGCACUGUUUAAUCAGUUCUUUAUCUCCUUGCCCAUGCUUGUGCCCAUGUUCUAUGUCAUGAAAUGGUGGGGCAACACCUUCAGCAAGGAAUUACCCACCUUCCAGUGGUUUCUUGUUGAGCUGAGCAUCUUUACCAUAACUGAGGAAAUUCUCUUCUAUUAUUCACACAGGCUUGUUCAUCUCCCCCUCCUGUACAAGCACAUUCACAAGAAGCACCACGAAUGGACAGCCCCCAUUGGCGUGGUCUCCAUUUAUGCUCACCCAUUAGAGCACAUACUCUCCAACACCUUGCCUGUCAUGACUGGCCCGAUGAUCAUGGGGUCUCACAUUGUUUCAAUCGCAGCGUGGUUCUCCCUUGCUCUUGUAACAACCAGCAUUUCGCACUGCGGCUACCACCUGCCCUUCCUGCCGUCGCCGGAGUUCCACGACUUCCACCACCUCAAGUUCAACCAGUGUUACGGAGUCCUGGGAGUACUGGAUUAUCUGCAUGGAACAGACACGGUGUUCAGACAAACCAAAGCCUACGAGAGGCACAGGGUCCUCCUCAGCCUCACACCUCUCUCAGAAAGCAUCCCGGAGACACCCAAGAGGGCAGAGUGACCUCCAACCCUGCAGCCUGCAUUCUUGCAGAGCCCAGUGACAAGGAGAGCUAGAGACAAUUUAUGCCAAAUAGUACCUUAACUGGGAAACAAGUCACUGGUCACGAGUAACAGUUCCCAAAACUGAACUGCAACAUGCCACUUGAGAUGACCGCAGUCACCGCCAGUUAUUUUCUACUUAAGGUGUGAAAAAACUGCUCUAGAAAGCUAUUUUUAAACUUGUAUUGUUUCUUGGUUCUAGCCGCCUGCACAUAAGCCACACAGUUUUGGGGGUUACUGAAUCCUCAUUAAGGUUAUAAUAGAUCACAUUUUGGCCUCUUUCAGCAGCAUUCGAUAGACAUACCAGCAAGAUCGCUACGACUACAUACUAUAGGAAUUAGAACCACUGUUCUUCUGACACUUAACUUUACCCAACCUCAGGCAGCCUUGGGUGUGGGAUGAUUUGUCCUGCAACCCCAUAAAAAGUCAGUGAAGCCACGGCUUUAGAAACGUUCCCUUACACACACAACACAGGCCUGAUUUGCCCUCAGCAGUUUUUCAUUAUGCAAUUUUAAGUACAUCUGAGGUUGGGGCUGUCUCGUCCUCGUGGCCACUCCACAAACCAACACAAACAGCACUCACACCUUUAUGCAGAUCCGCAAGUACUUAUACAAUAAAAACCAAGACAUGCUGCACUUUUUUUUGUAGAGCUGACCUGCUCUGCACUUACCUGCUGUCAGCCCCUGGAAGCCAACUCUCUUCCUCCACCCUCCUCCAGUUCCUUCAACCGUACCUGCAUCGACCCAGCCCAUCCGUACAACCCACAGCCCUCUGGGGAGGGCACAUCAGUUAGCAGAACAGACAACCCAGACUGCACUGUCUUUUGAAGUUUUUAUUUUUAUACAUUUUUUUUUGUAUUAAAAAGGAAAAAGCAUAAUUACCACAAAUUACAAAGGACUAAAGCAUUACUAGAAUAAUGAAUCACAUCAGCCUAGAAAGCAGAUACUCUGAAUAAUAUUAAUGUUAUAAUACAAGCUCUCAUUCAAGUAUUUUACAUUUGUCUCUUUUCCUUUUAUAUGUGAUGAUGAUCCUAGCACAUGGGUCAAAGAUUAUGUACUAUCGACAGAAGAUGGAUCAUGUACAGCGGGCCAUAUUAACAAGAUUUUCCUCCCAAGUGAUAAAUGGUCUGUGAUGAGUCAUUUUAAGUUUGUCUCUACGAUAAAUGCAGCUGAAGAAGGUUGCACACACUUUCUAGUUUUGGGAACAGAAGGCUGAGGUUGGGACACACACAGUUUGAGAAGGGCCAGCACAUCGAACCAUCACCCCUGUUGCUCCAGGCGAGCUACCGAAGGCCGAGCUCUAACCCACACCACCCGAGCAGCUCGGAGCACACCGGCACCAGCGCUUGCUUCCGAGUCACAGAUCUGAGGAUUUCCAACCCCAACGGGAACGGGCCAGGCUGGGAGAGGAAGGGGGGAGCGGGGCUGGCUGCUGUCCCUGCAGGCACCCGAAGCUCGGGGGGACCAAGGGCUGCCAAACCCCAUCCCAGCAUGGGUGUCGCCGUCCCCAGCCAGCCCACGUGCGGGGCUGAUGAGGUGGAGAUGGGGACAGGAGAGGGAGCCAGAGGGACAGCACGGGGGACUCUGGGGUUAGCCCGAGCACUGCAAGGGGGUGGCUGGCACCCAGGCCGGUCCACGCUCUUCUGGAGCUUCCCACCGAGGGGAUGUGCUUGUCACAGAUACAUCGGUCCUAUGUUCAAGUGUCUGCAGAAAGUGAAACUGUAAACUACUCAUUGAAACACUGCCCUCCAUCCAUCCACCCACUCCACGCCACUGAGAUGAAAAUUUUCAUUUAGAGGAAAAAAAAUAAGUCAGUGAGGCAUUUAACAUCAAGUGUAGCAACCCUCUCUUAAGAAGAGCCUAGCAUCCAUUUCAAAACAGUGACAAAGUGACAUAACCAGUCUCAGAGGAGAGACAGGAGAAAAGAAGCAUUGCAAACACAGCUUGCUACAUUUACAGUUUUCCUUUUUUUUUUUUCUUUUUUUCUUGUUUUUUUCCUUUUGUUAAAAUAACUGGAAAGGCAUUAACAGCUAAAAGGCCCCCUCUCCACGCCACGACGCUGAGCGCGCAGACACGUGGCAGGACACCGAGGUUAACGCCUCAUCCCGUACAGUACAGGCGACCAGGCCGAAGCAAAACGAGCAGUUGCCAAAACUCAAGGGAGCCCAGGGGCUGCAGUGAAAGGCUGCCGACGGGGAGGGGUCCGAGGGACACAGCAGGGAGAGGGGCAGACAAGCAAAUGGAGCAGCAGCAUUAUUAUUAUUUUUUUUUUUUCCUUUUUCAAAUGAGCGUGGCUAAGCAACAAAGCCUCCUCUGAAACACACCAUCCACCUCCACCACUGACCCGCGCCAGAGGCCUGGACCUGUCCCAGGUGCCUGUGCCCCAAAGGGGGGCAGAUAUACAGGACCUUGGCGAGGAGAGGGCUCGCACAGCAGCCGGGGGGAGACAGGACACGCUC